UGUCCAUGCGGCUUUCCGUAGUAUCCGUUUAGAACUUGAGGAAGUGAAUGGUUCAGCUAGCUAAGCUAAAUACAAAACAAUCCCUAACGGUCCCUGUAUAAAACACGCAAUGGCAUAUCAGCUCUACCGAAACACGACACUCGGAAACAGUUUACAGGAGAGUCUUGAUGAGCUGAUACAGACUCAACAAAUCACCCCACAGUUGGCUCUGCAAGUCUUGCUACAGUUCGACAAAGCCAUCAACACAGCACUGGCUAACCGCGUUCGCAACAGAGUCAACUUUAAAGGAUCACUGAACACGUAUAGGUUUUGCGACAAUGUGUGGACAUUUGUUCUGAACGAUGUGGAGUUCCGCGAGGUCACCGACCUGGUGAAGGUGGAUAAAGUCAAGAUAGUAGCUUGUGAUGGAAAAAACACUGGCUCUAAUACAGCAGAGUGAGGAGGAAGAGGAGAGAGUGUAGCAGUUUAGAAGAGUGCCAUAGUUACUGAGGAAGAAGAUUAAGAAUGAUGGACUCAAAGAGAGGACUGUAUACAUACUAUUUAUUACAAACAACAGCUCUCCAUCUUUCCUAGACCACCCAAUUCCACACAAGGCCUUCCUUAGACAUAUUAUAUAUAAGCCCACUUAUUUCUCUUUUCUGUUUAUAAUUUUGCUUUGUAAUAUGUAAUAAAUUGUUUUAAAAGA